GCAAGAUAUGAAGACGACACACGAGACCCAGCAACAACCACAAGCACACACGCGACCAUCGUACGGGAUUGCAGUUAAGAGCUAGCUGAUCACUGUUCUCAAGCUACUGGCUAAUCGAUCCAGUUAUAUUCACAUCCAUGUUAUAAGCUGUGCUAGCUCUAGCUAGCCAUUGCUUGCUAGCUAGCUAAUUCAUCAAUCCCGGCCGGCAGCUCUUCUCUGCUUGCCUCUUCCAACUGAUAAAUCGAUGGAGAUUAGGAGGGCUCUAGUAGUGAUUGCCGUGGUAGCCAUGGCGGCGGCGGUGGCUCAGUCGGCGGCGGCGGCAGGGAUGAGCUACACGGUGGGGGCGCCGGACGGGCUGUGGGACAUGCACACAGACUACGCCGACUGGGUCUCACGGAGGACCUUCCACCCCGGCGACAACAUCACGUUCACGUACUCGCGGGAGCUGCACGACGUGGUGGAGGUGGGGAAGGCGGGGUACGACGCCUGCUCCAGCGCCAACAACGUCUCCGCCUUCCGCUCCGGCAACGACGUCGUCACCCUCGCCGCCCCCGGCACGCGAUACUUCCUCUGCGGCCUCACCGGACACUGCGCCAACGGCAUGAAGAUCGCCAUUCGCGUCGUCGAUGCUGCUUCCAGCGCCGGUGGGCCCAACGCCUCGCCGCCGGUGGCAUCGUCGGGGAGAGCCGUCGGUGGCCUUGGCGCCGUUAUGAUGAUGGGGGUGCAGGCUCUAUCUCUCGUCGCCGUCGUGGGCGGCAUGGCCUUCUGAUGACAUUUUGCAUGUGGUGUUAACAUAUGUUGUCCUUGUGUACUUCGUCCGUUCCUAAAUUUUUGUCCGCUGUUUUAGUGCAGAUUUUGAACUAAAAAACGACAAGAAUUUAAGAACGGAAGGAGUACAACUAUGUCUGUGAGUGACUUGUGAUCGAUUCUUUUGCCUGUCAUCUAUUUUUGAUUAUUUUUUUUACGUGGAUUGUGAGUUCUGCCAUCCAAUUAUCACGUGAAAAAACUAAACUCCCUUCUAAUAGUGUAAAAAUUUGGCA